AGAUUGAACCGCAUCGCAUCAAAUCAACAAAAAUACAACAUCAACCCAAGUUCAAGUCCACGAAUUAAAUUUCUCCGGAAAUCUCGUGCGAACAAAUUGGCACGCCCAGUGGGACCAUCUCUACCUCUCAUCUCUCUCUCAUCAUCUAGAUCUACAAGCAAAUCAAUGGCAUCAAAGAAAGCUGCAUCCAAAUCUUCAGCUGCAAGCGACACCUACACGGGACCUAUCACCCGUAGUCGUUCCAAGGGGAUCAUCCAAGGGCAAGACCAAGGUUCCGCCAUCGCGCAGAGCAUCCUGAAGCAAUUGAUGGAAUCUCCUAAAGCUGGAAUUGUCAUCAAGGAAAAUCCUCUAUAUAAUGAUUAUGAUUCUGCCUCUAGCAGGUCACUGAAAGAAGCACACCCAGAUGUGAUGUCCGUCAUGAUGGCUGAUGUAGCAGUCGAGACUGCCAUGGCGGAGAUGGAGAGAAAAAUUAAUCUCCUGAUGAAGGUUGUUGAUGAACGAGACCACGAAAUUGCAGCUUUAAAGGAGCAGAUGCAGACUCGUGAAACUGCUGAAUCGAGUCAAACUCCUGUCGUUAAAGUUGAUGACAAAGGGAAGAACGUGGUACAAGAAAAUCAGCCACAACAACAAUCAACUUCUGUGGCUUCUCUCUCGGUUCAACAAUUACAAGAUAUGAUCACAAGCUCCAUCAGAGCACAAUAUGGAGGCCCAUCUCAGACUUCUUUCAUGUACUCUAAACCAUACACCAAAAGAAUCGACAACUUGAGAAUGCCGCUUGGAUAUCAGCCUCCAAAAUUCCAGCAGUUUGACGGAAAGGGCAAUCCAAAACAGCACGUUGCUCACUUCGUCGAAACAUGUGAGAAUGCAGGAUCAAGAGGAGAUCAACUAGUCAGACAAUUUGUUCGAAGCUUGAAAGGAAAUGCUUUUGAAUGGUAUACUGAUCUGGAGCCAGAAAGCAUUGAGAGUUGGGAACAACUAGAAAAGGAGUUUCUCAAUCGCUUCUACAGCACCAGGCGUACUGUAAGCAUGAUGGAGCUUACAAAUACGAAACAAAGAAAGGGAGAACCAGUCAUCGACUACAUCAAUAGAUGGAGAGCUCUAAGUCUUGACUGUAAAGAUCGGCUCACCGAACUGUCGGCUGUAGAAAUGUGCACCCAAGGCAUGCACUGGGGACUCCUCUACAUUUUGCAGGGAAUAAAGCCCCGCACAUUUGAAGAACUGGCAACUCGAGCUCAUGAUAUGGAGUUGAGCAUCGCCAGUAGAGGAACUAAAGAUUUUCUUGUUCCUGAAGUAAAGAAAGAUAAGAAAGAGAUGAAAGGUGCUGAAAAGAUAGUGAAAAGCACCUUGAAAGAAUCUAUGGUCGUAAACACAACCCCGCUGAAAUUCUCCAAAGGAAAGGAAGCGAGGGUUGAAAAGAAGGAUGAUGGAAGCGAAAGGCGACGUCUGACUUUAAAAGAAAGGCAGGAAAAAGUUUACCCAUUUCCUGAUUCAGAUAUCGCUGACAUGCUAGAGCAACUACUAGAGAAGCAGCUGAUCCAGCUGCCAGAAUGUAAACGACCUGAGCAAGCAGGAAAGGUAGAUGAUCCCAAUUACUGCAAGUAUCAUCGGGUCAUCAGUCAUCCAGUAGAGAAAUGCUUCGUGCUGAAGGAGCUAAUUCUAAGGUUGGCUCGUGAGAAAAGGAUUGAGCUAGAUUUGGAGGAAGUAGCUCAAACAAACCACGCUGAAGUGACGAUAAUGUCUGAGGCUUCUUCGUCGAGAUUGAUUUUUGAGCAAAGGAAAAGCUUGGUCCAGUUCGGGACCUUUGAGCCUAUAGUUGUCCAAUUCUUUCAGGAAAUCUCAUACGAGGAUCCUCAAGGAGAGAAAAGACCAAUUGAAGAAGACGAUGAAGGGUGGAUAGUGGUGACCCACCGAAAGAAAAGACAGUCGAUCCCGACCCAAAGAGAGUCUCGCUCUUACCAAAACUAUAGAAGAGGAAAUAAGACUCAAAAGAAUAAGAAAAAGAAGAAGACUCAUAAGCUUAAGCUCGUACAUAAUGAAGACAUGAAUUUCUCUCGACCUCAACGCUUAGUGACCUUGGCAGACUUCCUUCCAAAAAGCUUCCUUUGUGAUCAUCAGGAUGAAGACCCAGAAGUCGUUGCGUGUCAUGCUAUCAACACAACGGAGGAAGAAAUAAUCCCUCCAAGAUCACUAGAAGGAGAGGGAGUAUCAAAAGACCUUUCAAGGUUUAAUGUAGAGGAUCUAUUAUCACUUCCUCAAGAGACCAAAACCAUCCUUAUUGAUGCAUUGCUAAAUUCAAGAGCAUCAAGUUCGAGUACUCCGACUAUGACAUAUGAGAGUGGUUCUUAUUGUAUGUCUAUAGACUUCUCAGAUGAGGAUUUGUUGUUGGGAUCUAAACUUCAUAAUAGACCUUUGUAUGUUUCUGGAUACGUUCGAGAACAGAGAGUCGAUCGAAUCCUCAUUGAUAAUGGCUCAGCUGUCAACAUAAUGCCAAAGUCGACUAUGUGGCAAUUAGGCAUCUUGAUGGACGAGCUCUCAAAUAGCAAGCUAGUAAUUCAAGGUUUUAACCAAGGUAGCCAAAGAGCAAUAGGCAUGAUACGGUUAGAACUCAUAAUUGGCGACCUAAAGGCCAGUGCAUUGUUUCAUGUCAUAGACUCAAGGACUACUUACAAGUUGUUACUAGGGCGUCCUUGGAUUCAUGGAAACGGAGUAGUAACUUCAACACUGCAUCAGUGCUUCAAAUUUUAUCAGGACGGUGUAAAGAAGGUUGAAGCCGACUCUAAUCCAUUCUCAGAAGCUGAGUCUCACUUCGCAGAUGCAAAGUUUUAUUCAAAGAAUAAUAAUAUUUUAGAAGUUUUGCCUGCAGAAACCCCUCUUACAAAAGGAGAAGAUAAUUCACAAUUGAAAUCACUCGCAACCACAGAACCACAUGAAAGUGCGAGAACCUUUAACUCUGGAAAGGGUGAAGCAUACACUAGCAACACAAAGGGUAUGAUCUUGAAGGAUGAAAAUGCUGCAAACACACCAGUUUUGCGUUAUGUCCCUCUGUCAAGGCGCAAGAAAGGCGAAUCACCAUUCAUGGAGUCUCCAAAAGGUUUGAAAGUUGGUGACAUCGAAAUCAUAAAAGAAAGCUUCACUACACCACUAACUAAGAUAGCGAAGCAAGAGGUAAAGGUAGAUCUGGUGGAAGCAAACUUGCCCCAAAGGCGAACGAAAGACGGAUUCGACCCCAAGGCUUACAAAUUGAUGGCGAAAGCAGGUUAUGACUUCACAGCUCACACCGAGUUUAAAAGCUUGGAAAUUCAUGACCGACCUGAGCUCUCCUCAACUCAAAAGAAGCUUCUACGGGAAGGACAUUCUAUACCCGUGUCGAGAAAAGGACUCGGAUACAAGUCGCCAGAACCGAUCCGUAUAACUAAAAAGGGGAAGGAAAAAGUGGUUGACAUCAAUCAUAUAACUAUAGAGGAGGAUGACAAUACUGACGUAAAAGAAGGUGAUAAUCAGAGAAUCUCAGUAUUUGAUCGAAUUAGACCAUCUGUUGCACGUCCCGUAGUAUUUGAAAGGCUAAGCAUGACAGAGGCAGAAAGAGAAAGGCUCCAGUCAGUACCAAACCUUGAGAGACAUUCGGUCUUUCGAAGGCUAACUACGACUCCCAUAAAGGAAGAAAGCACAUGCCAUGCCUUGACAACUACAAGACCAUCAGCCUUUGAAAGGCUAGGUGUGUCUAAAAAGAAAAAUGUACAAGCACCCCGUGCUCCGAUUUUUAAUCAUCUCGGGGAUAAAGGAUCACACGACAACAUUGAUUCCAACAUAGAUACAAAGAAGAAGGAACCAAUGUCUCGUGUGAAAGUUUGGCGUCGAAUUAAGCAUACAGAUGUCGAUAAUUAUCGUAGUAAGAAGUUUCCUUGCGAGACAAAGGAAAAUGGAGAAAUUCAUAGCAACGUUCCUUCUCGCAUGAAAAGAAAAACUUUUGUUACUCUCAAUACAAGUCAAGGUUCGUUAAAGGUAAAAAGACAUGAUGUUAUACUAACGAAUCCUGAAAAAGAAGGGUCGGAACAAGGGGAAUGUGAAACUUCAUGUCAUCACAUCACCAUUAUUGAGGAAUCAGAGACUGGAACUCAUGAAGAAGACGCAGAAAAUGCCCCACAAAGUUUAGAGGAUGGUGGCCAAUCUACUGUAGACGAGCUAAAAGAGGUGAACCUUGGUACAAUAGAGGAACCACGUCCGACUUUCAUUAGUGCGUCCCUCUCUAAUGAAGAGGUGGAUAAAUAUAUGAGUUUGCUCACCGAAUACAGGGACAUCUUUGCGUGGUCGUACAAGGAGAUGCCAGGACUUGACCCAAAAGUAGCAGUCCAUCAUCUUGCAAUUAAACCUGGAUAUCGACCGAUUAAACAAGCACAACGACGUUUUCGACCGGAGCUUAUCCCUCAAAUCGAGGUGGAAGUCAACAAGUUGAUCGAAGCAGGAUUCAUUCGCGAGGUCAAAUAUCCAACGUGGAUAGCAAACAUUGUCCCUGUUAGAAAAAAAAAUGGACAACUUCGCGUUUGUGUAGACUUUCGCGAUCUGAAUAAUGCAUGCCCUAAAGAUGAUUUUCCCUUGCCCAUCACCGAAAUCAUGGUUGAUGCAACUACUGGACACGAGGCGUUGUCGUUUAUGGAUGGGUCGUCUGGAUAUAAUCAAAUACGGAUGGCCCUCUCAGAUGAAGAAAUGACAGCUUUCAGAACUCCAAAGGGAAUAUACUGUUACAAGGUGAUGCCCUUUGGAUUGAAAAAUGCCGGCGCUACUUAUCAACGUGCCAUGCAGAAAGUGUUUGAUGAUAUGUUGCACAGGUAUGUUGAAUGUUAUGUUGAUGAUCUUGUAGUCAAAACAAAGAGACGACAAGACCAUUUGAAGGAUCUAAAAGUCGUGUUUGAUCGCUUGCGAAAAUAUCAGCUAAGGAUGAACCCUCUCAAGUGUGCGUUUGGUGUAACUUCAGGAAAAUUUCUUGGCUUCAUUGUAAGGCAUCGAGGGAUCGAAAUAGACCAGUCCAAGAUUGAUGCCAUUCAGAAGAUGUCAAGACCUAAAAGUUUGCAUGACCUAAGAAGUCUCCAAGGACGACUGGCUUACAUCCGAAGGUUCAUCUCUAACUUGGCCGGUCGGUGUCAACCUUUUCAAAAGUUGAUGAGAAAAGGAGAAAAUUUUGUGUGGGAUGAAGCUUGUCAGAACGCUUUUGAUAGCAUAAAGAAAUACUUGCUUACUCCCCCAGUGCUGGGAGCUCCAGUACCUGACAAACCACUAAUAUUGUACAUUGCUGCACAAGAAAGGUCCUUAGGAGCAUUACUGGCACAAGAAGAGGUAAAGGGAAAGGAGCGUUCUCUCUACUAUCUAAGCAGAACAUUAAUUGGGGCUGAAGUUAACUAUUCUCCUAUCGAAAAGAUGUGUCUUGCACUUUUCUUUGCCAUUGAUAAGUUGAGGCAUUAUAUGCAGGCCUUCACGGUUCAUCUAGUGGCAAAAGCAGACCCUAUAAAGUAUGUUCUAUCCAGGCCAAUCAUCGCUGGACGCUUAGCCAAAUGGGCGGUUCUACUCCAACAAUAUGACAUUGUCUAUAUUCCCCAAAAGGCGAUAAAAGGACAAGCGCUAGCAGACUUUUUAGCAGACCACCCAAUUCCUUCGGAUUGGAAGUUAUGUGAUGACCUACCAGACGAUGAGGUUUUCUUCACAGAAGUUAUGGAACCUUGGACUAUGUACUUCGAUGGUGCAGCUCGAAGAAGUGGUGCGGGGGCAGGCAUUGUCCUCAUUUCUCCUGAGAAGCAUAUGUUGCCUUAUAGCUUUGCACUUUCCGAAUUGUGUUCAAACAAUGUGGCUGAAUAUCAGGCUUUGAUAAUUGGCCUUCAAAUAGCAUUAGAAAUCGGAGUGUCAUUCAUAGAGGUCUAUGGUGAUUCAAAAUUGAUAAUCAAUCAACUCUCGCUUCAAUAUGACGUGAAACAUGAAGACUUGAAGCCAUAUUUUGCUUAUGCUCGACAAUUGAUGGAAAAGUUUGAUAAUGUGAUGUUAGAACAUGUCCCUAGAGUAGAAAAUAAGAGAGCGGAUGCAUUGGCAAAUUUAGCCACGGCCUUGACCAUGCCAGAUGAUGUAACUCUGAACAUACCACUUUGUCAACGAUGGAUUAUACCCCCAGUUAGGCCUGAAUGUCAGGAAGUGAACAUGGCAACAUCCUAUUUGAUUGAUGAAGAAGAUUGGCGUCAACCCAUCAUAGAGUAUCUUGAACAUGGAAAGCUUCCAAAGGAUUCUCGUCAUAAAAUUGAGAUACGAAGAAGGGCAGCACACUUCAUUUAUUACAAGGGAACUUUAUAUCGCCGUUCUCUUGAAGGGCUCUUCCUUCGAUGUCUCGGAAAGGAAGAUUCGGUAAAAGCUCUAAAGGAAGUACAUGCAGGUGUUUGUGGAGCACAUCAAUCGGGACCAAAGCUUCAAUUCCAGCUAAGAAGAAUGGGCUACUACUGGCCUAAGAUGAUCCAAGAUUCAAUAGACUAUGUGAAGAAGUGUGAGCCUUGUCAAUACCAUGCAAACUUCAUACACCAACCUCCAGAACCUCUUCAUCCAACUGUGGCUUCUUGGCCUUUUGAGGCUUGGGGACUCGAUCUGGUUGGCCCCAUUACACCAAAAUCAUCAGCAGGACAUUCUUAUAUCCUAGCAGCAACAGACUAUUUUUCAAGGUGGGCUGAGGCCAUUUCCUUGAGAGAAGCCAAGAAGGAGAACGUGGCAGACUUUAUUCGAACACACAUCAUCUAUCGAUACGGUAUUCCACAUCGAAUCGUGACGGAUAAUGGAAAGCAAUUCUCCAAUAGUAUGAUGGACAAGUUAUGUGAAAAAUUCAAAUUCAAGCAAUAUAAGUCAUCCAUGUACAACGCAGCUGCGAAUGGACUAGCAGAAGCAUUCAACAAAACAUUGUGUAAUCUUUUAAAGAAAAUUGUCUCCAAGUCAAAGAGGGAUUGGCAAGAAAAGAUCGGCGAGGCAUUAUGGGCUUAUCGAACGACUCAUCGCACCCCUACAGGGGUUACACCAUAUUCGCUUGUUUACGGUGUGGAGGCUGUCCUUCCUCUCGAAAGGGAAAUUCCGUCACUAAGAAUGGCAGUACAAGAGGGAUUGACUACCGAAGAUAAUGUGAAGUUACGUCUUCAAGAAUUAGAAGCACUUGACGAAAAGCGAUUAGAGGCUCAGCAAGCAUUGGAAUGUUAUCAAGCGAGAAUGUCCAAAGCUUUUGAUAAACACGUUAAACCUCGCUCCUUUCAAGUCGGUGAUCUAGUACUUGCCGUAAGGAGACCGAUCAUCACAACAAGGCAUACAGGAAAUAAGUUCACACCUAAAUGGGAUGGACCUUACAUUGUUAAAGAAGUUUAUACAAAUGGCGCAUACAAGAUCGUUGAUCAAGACGGACUACGAAUUGGCCCAAUCAAUGGUAAAUUUCUUAAAAAAUUUUAUGCUUAAUUUUGUUAGGUAAAAAAAAAAAAA